AUGGAUAAUCGAUUAUUAGAGAGCUCUCCUCUUACCUUCUUUGAGGUUUUUCAUCAAUCAGGGGCAAUGAUUAAGCUGUUUAAAGUAAAGGAAAAGCAGAGAGAACUUGCUGCAAAUGCCAGUGGGAAACCUCCUGUCAAGAAGCAAAGUGCUGGAGAAUUACGUCUUCAUAAAGAUGUAAGUGAACUAAAUCUGCCAAAAACAUGUAGCAUAUCAUUCCCUGAGGGAAAGGAUGACCUCAUGAACUUUGAAGUUACCAUUCAGCCUGAUGAAGGAUACUAUUUGGGUGGUGCAUUUGUUUUCUCUUUCCAAAUUUCUCCCAUCUAUCCUCAUGAAGCGCCAAAGGUCAAAUGCAAAACAAAGGUCUACCAUCCUAACAUUGACUUGGAAGGAAAUGUCUGCCUAAACAUUCUUCGAGAAGACUGGAAACCUGUGCUAAAUAUAAACACCAUUAUUUAUGGCCUGUAUCACCUUUUUACGGAACCCAAUCACGAGGAUCCUCUCAAUCCCGAUGCAGCUUCCGUUGUAAAUGCUGCACCAACUUGGGACAUAUUUGACGAAGUUUCUCUCAGGAAUUCAUCUGUAAUUGUGUGCUUUAUUUCUGUUAUUUAUGAUCAUGACAAAAGAACCAAGAAAAUGAGCUGGGAAGGUAGAGGAGGAUCAACAGCAUCAUCAUCCGCAGCUGACGGUGGCGGAGGUGGUGGGAGGAGGAAGCCAUCUUGGCGAGAGAGAGAGAACAACAGGAGGAGAGAGAGGAGAAGAAGAGCAAUAGCAUCAAAAAUAUACAGAGGGUUAAGAGCACAGGGGAAUUACAAUCUGCCAAAACACUCUGACAAUAAUCAAGUAUUGAAAGCUCUAUGUAAUGAGGCUGGUUGGAUUGUUGAGCCUGAUGGCACCACCUAUCGCAAUGGAUUCAAACCACCUCCAAUGGAAAUGGGAGGCACUUCAACAAACAUUACACCAAUCUCUUCAAGAAAUCCAAGUCCACCAUCUUCAUAUUUCGCAAGUCCGAUUCCUUCGUACCAACCAAACCCGUCAUCAUCUUCGUUUCCGAGCCAAUCCUGGCUCAGUGCUAACACGUCGUUACCCUCGUUUGCGUUCCUACAUAAUUCCAUCCCUUCAUCUCUCCCACCUCUCCGAAUAUCAAAUAGUGCUCCCGUAACCCCACCUCUGUCAUCCCCGACUAGACUCCCUAACCAAUCUUUCGAUUUCGAGUCUCUUCCCAAAGAAUCCAUGGCUGCCUUGAACAUUCCAUUCUUCGCCACAUCAGCCCCGGUAAGCCCUGCUCGCUGGCAGCGUUUGCAUCCAGCCACUAUAACUGAAUGUGACAAGUCCAACCCAUCUACUACUGCUUCGCGCCAAUGGAUGAACUUCCGAGCCUAUGGAAAUGCAUCCGACAUGGUACCACCGUCUCCAACAUUCAAUCUUGUGAGACCAGUGGCUCCACGAGUUCCUUCCAAGGACGCAAUGUUGGAGCAGGAGACAGGUAUGCAAUUUGACUUCGUGAAUGUGGCGGCGAAGCCAUGGGAAGGGGAGACGAUUCAUGAGGUAGGAUUAGAUGAUCUUGAGCUCACGCUGGGAAGUGGAAACACACAGAUUUAA